AUGGGUUUGAAGCGAGAUAAAUAUGUGAGGUUUGAAGACUGGAGUUCAGAGAGGUCUUCUACUCCUGAGCAACGAGUUUUCUCUGAAGAAAAACUUACUGUAAGCUCAGUGAUGGGGAGUAUUAGAAGAGGAUUUGAGAUGGCUUUUACGUGGGCUAAAAGCUUGAAAAAAUCAUUAAACUUCCAUCCAACAAGUAAGCAGCCAACAAAACUUUCGGGUUCUAGGAGGAAAGUUCUUGAUCCACAGGGUCCAUUUCUUCAACAAUGGAACAAAAUAUUUGUACUCUCUUGUAUCAUUGGAGUGUCCUUUGAUCCAUUGUUCCUUUACAUCCCUGUAAUUGAUGCCAAAGAGAAGUGCCUUGAUUUGGAUUACAGUAUAGAGAUAACUGCUUGUGUUCUCCGUUUCUUCACUGACAUCUUCUAUAUACUUCACAUUAUCUUUCAAUUCCGUACUGGUUUUAUUGCCCCUCCUUCUCGAAUAUUUGGAAGGGGUGAGUUAAUCAAAGAUUCCUAUGCUAUAGCCAAACGGUACUUGUCAUCCUACUUCAUCAUUGAUAUCUUAUCAGUGCUUCCUCUCCCACAGGUGGCAGUUUUAGUCAUCAUCCCCAGCUUAGAUGGCCCAAUUCCACUGGCAACUAAAGACCUGUUGAAGUUUGUUAUUUUUGUACAAUAUGUCCCAAGACUUAUUCGGAUCUAUCCUCUAUACAAAGAAGUGACAAGAACGUCUGGCAUAUUCACGGAAACAGCAUGGGCUGGAGCUGCUUUCAAUCUCUUUCUCUACAUGCUAGCCAGUCAUGUGGUUGGAGCCCUCUGGUACUUGUUCACAAUAGAGCGGGAAGACAGGUGCUGGCAUAUUGCUUGUGGAAAUCAUAACUGUACUCCUAGAUAUUUAUACUGUGGAGAAUCCCGUGUAGGAAACUUUUCAUUUCUAAAUGUUUCCUGUCCUCUUCUCCAACCAAAUGAAAUAAGAAAUGAGACGGACUUUGACUUUGGCAUAUUCCUUGAUGCUCUUCAGUCUCGUGUGGUAGAAACAAGGGAUUUUAAGCAGAAAUUCUUCUACUGCUUUUGGUGGGGUCUGCGAGGUUUAAGUUCUUUAGGCCAAAACCUCAAAACAAGCACCUUUGUAGGGGAGAUUCUGUUUGCUGUCUUCAUAUCCGUCGUUGGAUUGGUUCUGUUUUCAUUGCUUAUUGGCAACAUGCAGAAAUAUCUGCAGUCCAUCACCGUUAGAGUAGAAGAGAUGAGACUAAAAAGACGAGAUGCAGAGCAAUGGAUGUCUCACCGUUUGCUUCCAGAGAAUCUGCGGGAAAGAUUCGGCGGUAUGGCCAGCACAGAUGGCAAGAAACCAGAGGUGUUGAGGAAGAAUCUCUGGUUCGUAACCUUCCUAAGGACCUCAGGAGGGACAUAA